UACAACGUUACAUAAGUUGUAUCAAUAGAUGUCAGUACGAUACGCGACAUUGUCCUCGGAUGUCUUCGAUCGCUCCAUUGAAUGUAAUUUAAAGAAAAAAAUGGGUAAUUUCAUCGCUACCUAUAUUACACAUCCUGAUACGAUGCCCAAACCCAAUGGACCACCGACUUUCGAUCCGAUGUUGGGAUUUCCAAAUGGUCGGAAACCCAGAGAGAUGAAGAUAUCGGAAGAAGAUAUGAUAGCUGCAAAGAUCCCACUUGAACAACGCGAUUACUGUGCUCACAAGUGGUUAGAAUUACAUGAAUGUAAGAGGAUUCAUUUUCCUUUUAUGAUAAAGUGUGCACAUGAAAGACAUGAAUAUGCUUUGUGCCAAGUUGAUGAUUAUAAUUUAAGAUUGAAGGAAUAUGAAAGAGAACGCCGUCUCCUCGAAAGACAAAAGAGGAUACAACAAGCAGCAGCAGCGUGAAAAUCUUGUAUAGAACUCUAAUGCAGUUUGAUUGUUGUCGUCAGAAAUUUAGGAUGCACAUACCAAAAGGUGGAAUUGCUAUUGUAUAUAAAUUAUAUCAAUAAAAUAUAUAAUGAUUAGA